UUAAAAACUUGGGUCAAUAUGAGCAAAUAAACGGCUUGCUUGAUAAAUCGAUACAAUAUUAUCGAAUUGGUGAUGAUUGCAAAACUUCUCUCGAAAACAUUCUAACACUUAUUAAAGAACUUAAUAAUGAUGUUCUAACUUAUCUUUGGGAGUUGCAAUUGCUCGAAAAGCAUUUGUUGACUAUUUUUUUACUAAAUAAUAAUAUCAAAGAUAAUGAUACGAAGUCUAUAAUUGUUAUUAUAACUGAGCUAUUUGUCUUGAUGACAACAUCCAUUGACCUAGAUCAGACUGUUGACUUUGCAGAUGAUAAUGCGUGUCUACAAAGGGAUAUCUUAAAAGCUCAGUAUGCUUAUAAGGAAUUAUUUACAAAAAAUCCCACAGCACUCAGAACACUAUUAAAUCUACUCAAUGAUCAUUUGAUGAUUGAGAUUAGCAAGCCCCCUGAAAAUAACGUUAUGGUCGUUUGCCUAGUGCUAUCAUUAUUCCGAAAUUUGUUGGCUAUAGACAAAAAGGAUAAAAGACUGCAUUAUAAUUUAGUACAUCAAUAUUAUAAAGAAACAAUUAUUGAGUGCUUUUGUUCACUCGAUUCAAAAAAUAUCGAAUUAUUUCAAUGUAAUAUCAUAAUACAAGAGAUAUUCUAUCAUAUUUUUCAUGGUAUCGAACCUUCCGACAUUUUGGAGAAUCCCACAACCGAAGCAAAUGAAUUUUCUAAAAAACUUUUAGAAGAUGAAGAAAAAAAAAAGGAAGAUCGUCGUCGUUUUAGUGAACGGUUUAGCGGGAAGUAUUGGGUGAAGAUGCCUGAUGGUUAUGAAAUUCUUACUUCCAAAAAGGACGCGCGUGCCGAUAAAUUUCCUGAUGAACAUGAAGAAAAAGAGAAUAAACGUACGAUCCGAGAAGAAUGGCUACCCAAGAAGAAGCUCAUACUUGAUGUUAGUGACGCUGCGCGUGAUUGUUUAAAAGUUACUGCAAUUAAAUUUUUAAACACUAUAUUCACCACACUUGUACACUCUGUUGUAAAAGAUCUGAAAUCAGAGCAAUACAAUGACUAUCAGCAUUCAAAUCAUUUGUUCUAUAUUGUGAGAUUUUUCCUUGAACUUCAACAACUUUUAAGCAUUAAAGAUUCAAAUGCUGUUUUGAUAGAAAAUUGGCCAGAUAUCUUGAAUUGUAAAAUAUUUAAAUUGAUGUUUAACAAGAUUAGAUACUUCAAAGACCAAAAGUUGUGGUCAGAACUUCAAGUUGGACUAGAAUGUUUGAAGCAAAUGUCAAGAACCAUUGAAAUUAUGGGUUCAAAACAUUCUAAUAAGGAUCAUGAAACUCGUAACAAAGCUCAACAAUUGCAAUAUCGCAUUUUGUGCGACAAAGAAAAUUUGGAACUGAUUGUUGACGUUGUUAAAAGAUCUUCCAAGCAAUCUGUGAGUUUUCUUCGAAGCUUAGUUGAGACAGUACAUCGACUUUUGUCUAUGCUUGAACGAGUCAAGUCGAGAAAGUAUAUUUAUGUUAAACAAAAACGUAAAACAAAUAGGCCUAACAAAAAAGUAAAAUAUAUUAAGGAUGAAUAUGAAUAUACAAUUGACAAAAUUGAUUCACAAGUCCUAUCGACUUAUUGUGCACUAUUGGAUCAAGAGUACGAAACAGUUGACUUAGAUUUUCAUUACAUCAAUAUGAUGUUUUUUCGUAUGCUUUCUCACUGUGAAUCUUCAAUUUUCAUGAAGGAACUGACCGACACUUUCAAUUUGAAUUUGAAUGACUCACAAAUUAAAUUCAGAGACUUCGCAUAUAAAAUUGUAAAAGACUUUGCUAUACGAAUGGAAAAACAUCCACUAACUUAUAUCGAAUAG